GGCAGGAAAAAAAAAAGGAAAAAGGAAAAAAAAGCGGCGGCUGAAUUGUGAUGCUGAGUGGUGCAAACUGAGAGAGGGAUAGAAAGGAAGGAGGGUGGGCUACACAGAGACUCUAUGGGGAGAUGAAUAAAGCUGUGCAGGGAGACGGUGGGAGCCGCACAAACAGUGCAACAACCAGCAGCGUCUCACACACUAAGAUCACAUAUUGGAUGCAUCUUUGUUUAUUGAUAAGUGGAAGAAACACUAGCAUGCAAUAAGAAGCAACUGCAAAGGGAAACCAAUCUCAGCCCCUGAAAACACGUGGGCUAUAAAAGAAGGCAGUUUGAAAAAAAGAAACAAAGGGGCUGCAAAACAGAAGGCGUGGAGAAGAAAACAGAGGAUUAGUGUGGCAAGACCAAAGCAGAGCUGCUGAUCCGCGAUGUCCAUCCAGCUACUGGAGCUUCUGGUCCUGUGCCUGACAGUCCCACACAGUGGUUGCAUGUUCCCUAGCAACCAUUGGGGUGAAUGGAAUGACUCUCAGCUUCAGCCCACAAUUCAGAGACUCAUGAAAGGAUACAACCGCUACCUCAGACCUAAUUUUAAUGAGGGUCCAGUGGAAAUCGGAAUGAGUCUUGAUAUAGCCAGCAUUGAUGCCAUCUCUGAAAUCAAUAUGGACUAUACUGCAACCAUCUUCCUCCGUCAGCGCUGGCAAGAUUCUAGGUUGGUGUUCCCCGGAAACGAGAGCGUGAGCGUGGAUGGACGUCUGGUGUCUCUGCUCUGGAUCCCUGACACCUUCAUUCCAGAUUCCAAGCGCUCCUUCCUGCACGACGUCACCGUGGAAAACCGCCUGAUUCGCAUCUUCAGCAACGGGACGGUUCUCUAUGCCCUUCGCAUCACGGCUACAAUUGCCUGUAACAUGGACCUGACCAAAUACCCCAUGGACAAACAGGUGUGCACCCUGCAGCUGGAGAGCUGGGGAUAUAACAUACAGGACGUGGUGUUCUAUUGGACCAGGGGGAAUGACUCAGUUAAGGGUCUGGACACACUGCGGCUGGCUCAGUACAGCGUGGAGAGCUACUAUACAUCGGUGUCAGAGGCUGUGUAUGAAACAGGACAUUACCCCAAGCUGGUGCUGCAUUUUGCUCUGCGCAGAAACGUCUUGUUCUUUAUCUUAGAGACGUAUGUUCCUUCCACUCUGCUUGUGGUUCUCUCCUGGGUGUCUUUCUGGAUCAGUCAGUCUUCUGUUCCAGCUCGAACCUGCAUUGGGGUUACGACAGUCCUGACAAUGACCACCCUGAUGAUGGGCGCCCGCACUUCCCUGCCUAAUGCCAACUGCUUCAUAAAGGCCAUAGACGUCUACCUGGGCAUUUGUUUCACCUUCAUCUUUGGUGCACUGCUGGAGUAUGCAUGUGCUCAUUUUUACACCAUGCAGCACCAAACCAUAGAGGAGUUACACAGGGAGCUUCUGAGGGAGCUGAGCGAUUCAAAUGGAAACGGAUCAAUCCCCAUGGUCAGCUCCAACCAGCCAAACCAGUCCGUGGAGAUUGGCUCCACAGCAGAGGAGCCCGCGGCCAACCCGCUGGACAGUGACAUUAAAAACCAUGCCGCAUCACGAGAAAAGGUGCCAAGUCAGGGUUGCGGCUUGUCCUCCGUGAGGGAUGCAUCUCGCCGGGCGGCAUCUGUCUUCGUGGUGGAAAACCCGCACAACAUCGAUAGCCACGCCCGCACCGUUUUCCCCACAGCUUUUCUCUUUGUCAAUAUUCUGUACUGGCUUUAUUAUCUCUUUCUCUGAGUGCCGCGUCUGGUCUGUGGAAUGGUGUAACUCACCACCCUAAAGCUGCUCUACCUCCUCUUCAGAGCUCCACUGCCUGGAUCUUAACUGAUCUCAUGCAACCUUUUGUACCACACAGUUCAAAACCUUUUCAUGGUUACAAAUUGCUUCAUUUAGUUAGUCAGGACCGAGCUUGGCUCUGUAUUGAGAGGCAUCAUUGAUCAUGUGUAAGUGGAUGGUCCUCAACCAAUAAACAUAGGAGAGGUGAUAAAGGCUUGAUUACCCACCAAUUCAUGUAUCCACCAAAGGCGAGUUCUUUCUAAACAGCUGAAAUACUCUGCUGCAUUACUCUGCAUUCAUGUCGAUGUUUACCUUUUUUUUUUUCUUCCC